CAAUAACAGUUGGUGGUUACUUUGUAUCCAAAACCUUCAAAGGCAAGUUGAGUCUUAGCGCGUUUUAGCGCAUCAAGCUCUCGAGUAUAUCGGAGGUUUCAUAAGAGGAGCUCAACGCGCUCCACUUUUAAUCAGAUUAGGAGCCUUUAAUGUUCAAUCCUGUUUUUUCUUCCCUACAGUAGCGGUGCAGGAGUGGCCAAAGCCAAAAGCAGCGAUUCAGAUCAGAUUUCACCUAAACCAGCUGGGAGAGAGAGAGCGAGAGAGAGAGAGAGCGAGAGCGAGAGAGCGGUUUGUCAGUCUCCCUCCUCCCAAAUCCAGAAAAGCUUACCAAGGAAAAAGGAGGAGUGUCGGGGCUGAGAGAGACGCAGAGGAAUCCAGAGGAAUUUCCGAGGAUAUUUUCUCUUCUUUUUUCCCCUCUUGAUAUUCAAAUUUAAAAGUUGGAGGCGAGGCAGCAGGGACCGUGGUCAAGGAUGGACGAGCAGCCUCGGUUGAUGCACUCCCACGGGGUAGGCAUGGCCGGACACCCCGGCCUGGCGCAGCAUAUGCAGGAUGGCACGGCGGGGACGGACGGAGAGGGAAGAAAGCAGGACAUCGGAGACAUAUUACAGCAAAUAAUGACCAUCACAGACCAAAGCUUGGACGAAGCACAGGCGAGGAAACAUGCACUGAACUGCCACAGAAUGAAACCUGCUCUCUUCAACGUCUUGUGUGAAAUAAAGGAGAAAACAGUGCUCAGUAUCCGUGGCACCCAGGAGGAGGAGCCUCCAGAUCCUCAGCUAAUGCGACUGGACAACAUGCUGCUGGCAGAGGGUGUGGCCGGGCCGGAGAAAGGCGGCGGGUCGGCAGCAGCAGCAGCGGCCGCGGCGGCCACAGGUGGUGUCGGUGCCGACAACUCAGCAGAACACUCCGACUACCGGGCCAAGCUGUCUCAGAUCCGACAAAUAUACCACACAGAGCUGGAGAAAUAUGAACAGGUGAUGACUACAGGAUCUGUUGCGUGCAAUGAGUUCACCACCCAUGUGAUGAACCUGCUGAGGGAGCAGUCUCGCACACGACCCAUCUCGCCCAAAGAGAUCGAGCGCAUGGUCAGCAUCAUCCACCGCAAGUUCAGCUCUAUCCAGAUGCAGCUGAAACAGAGCACCUGCGAGGCCGUCAUGAUCCUGCGUUCACGCUUCCUCGACGCCAGACGAAAGAGGAGGAACUUCAACAAACAGGCGACAGAGAUCCUAAACGAGUACUUCUACUCCCACCUCAGUAACCCUUAUCCCAGCGAGGAGGCCAAAGAAGAGCUGGCCAAGAAAUGCAGCAUCACAGUGUCACAGGUAUCAAACUGGUUUGGGAACAAGAGAAUCCGGUACAAGAAAAACAUCGGCAAGUUCCAAGAAGAGGCCAACAUGUACGCAGCGAGGACCGCAGUCAGUGCAACCAGUGUAUCUGCUCACGGCAGCCAGGCAAACUCCCCAUCAACUCCCAACUCAGCAGGUUCUGCUGGCUCUUUUAACAUGUCAAACUCCGGAGACUUGUUCAUGAGUGUGCAGUCCCUCAAUGGGGACUCGUAUCAAGGGGGGCAGGUUGGGGCCAACAUACAAUCCCAGGUGGAUACCCUUCGCCAUGUUAUCAGCCAGACCGGAGGAUACAGUGACAGCCUCGCAGCCAGCCAGAUGUACAGUCCACAGGGCAUCAACACAAAUGGUGGCUGGCAAGAUGCUCCGACUCCUUCGUCAGUGACAUCGCCCACAGAAGGACCUGGAAGCGUUCAUUCGGAUACUUCCAACUGAAUAUAUCCAUCUCCACACCUCAUCUACAAAAACCAUGGACUGACCUUGAUAUUCACAGUAUUAAAGAAAGGAAUUCACUGCCCCAAAGUUUGGAGAGGUACCGUGAAAUCCGAACCAGAAAAAGAAAAGUAAUAUUUCCUCUGCUUAUAACGUUGGACAUUUGGGAUACAAACAAAAAGUUUCACAAUAAAAAUCAAAACAAUGCCGCAAUCAAUGGAGACGUUUGUACAGAUUUCACAUUAUAUUCAGAGGGCUGGGGUUACUUAUUCACUCGUAAUGUUUUCACUCAUAAUGAUGAAAUGAUAUGAUAAAGAAAAUAAAUCAAAUCAUUGGUUUUAACUGAAAAUACUUCAUUCUACCUCUCAGCCACUAAAAAAAAGUAGAAAAAAUAUGUCAGUGACCAUUAUUUGUUUUGUAAAAAUGAAACUUUUGUCUUUGCAAGCAAGAGGCACAUCUUCUUACUUACAUUUUGUUGUCUCUCACCUAUUCUAUGGUACGCCAUUUAGACUUAAAUAUUGCUCAGUUGUUUACAAUGUGUGCUUGAUAAAAGUAUGUUCAUCUUCCCCUCUGUCUCCGACGAGUCAAAACAGAGUUCUGUCAGGAGAUUUUACCUCUAAGGUAACCCUGUGAAGUAUGUUAUCUGUAAAACAAUAAAUAAAUACUUGUCAUCAAAUCGGACAAGCUUGACAUCAUUCAUUAAGAUGGAGGAUACAGCAACCUUAAAAACAAAUUAUUUUUCAGUCUGUUGGUUUUGGUUCUGCAGCAUAAUGGUCGAGUGACAGUCACAGAGUAGCAGGAUUCACUGGUGCAAUGAGAAAAACAGGAUUUUUUGCUCUAUGCUGCUCAAGGAGAACUUUUUUCUUUAAAUGUACUUGAAUCUUUUAUAUUUCUUAUUGUUUUCCACCGCCACCAAGACAGAACAAAAGUUUUUGACAAUGCCAAAAUGCUGAUGUAACCAAAAAAACUGUCAAGUCAACAGUCAGUUUUAAUACGUUCUUUCAUCAAAUAUAAACAGCAUUGUGUCUUUCUCUUCUCAUUUAAAGGACCAACUUCUGUUCUUUAGCUCUGGUGCUACGAUCCAGUGAAUAACUACGGAAGCCCUGAGAGGCAAAAACUGGUGAUCAAAGUCUGAUCUAAACUGUUUUCUUUCCUGUGUUUAUGACUGAAGAACAGGUGGGGAAAAAAAGCUUUUACCAGGAUAAUAAUCUUAGUAUUCAAGUUUGUGAAUUUUUUUGUGAAACAGGUAGAAAAAAAUAGAGCAGGUGAUUGCACCACUAUGUUCUAAAUAGGACUUAGAUCGUUCAUGUUUUCUUCUAGAAGAGUUUUUCAGAAUUCCUUCAGGCACUCUACAGACAAGCUUCAUGUAUUGUGUGUUAAGUUAUAUAA